UGUCGGGGCACGGGGUCAGGUCGUGGAGCUAAGGCCACAGAACAGAGUUACUGUGACCGCCUGGUGCAGGACACACCAUACCUGACGGGCCAGGGGCGCCUGAGUGAGCAGCAGGUGGACAGAAUCGUCCUUCAGCUGAACCGCUACUACCCACAGGUCCUCACCAACAAGGAGGCCGAACAGUUCCGGAACCCCAAGGCGUCGCUGCGCUUGCGGCUCUGUGACCUCCUGAGCCACCUGCAGCGGAGCGGUGAGCGGCACUGCCAGGAGUUCUACCGAGCCCUGUACAUCCACGCCCAGCCCCUGCACGGCCACCUGCCUAGCCGCCACACCCUGCGGAACUCAGAUUGUGCACAGCUCGACUGGGGCAGCGAGAGCCGCGGGCUGAGUGACAGGGGACCCAUGAGCUUCCUGGCUGGCCUUGGCCUGGCCGCUGGCCUCGCCCUGCUGCUCUACUGCUGCCCUCCAGACCCCAGGGUGCUGCCGGGGACCCGGCGCGUCCUCGGCUUCUCACCAGUCAUCAUCGACAGGCACGCCAGCCGCUACCUCCUGGCCUUCCUAGCAGAUGACCUCGGGGGGCUGUGACAGACCCGGAUGACAGGGCUGACCCACUGUACAACCAAAGAAUUCCCCCUGCUGCCCGCUAAGGGGCUGGCAUUUCUUUUUCUCAAUGUUUCCUUUUCAUUAUUUAUCAUUUCUCUGCAAAGCACAUCACCUUCACCCUACAAGGUGCUUGAUGACAAUAAACGCUGAGUUCUCUC